AUGGUUAUAAAAGAGCCGCUCAUGAUGAGACCCGUCUGUGCUGCAGAGCUGGCUGCCGAGUUCAUCUCCAGGCCUCAGAACCAGGAGGUGGUGGAGGGCCAGAAGGCCGAGUUCACCUGCUCCGUGUCCAAGGAAACCUACGAUGUCAAAUGGAUAAAGGACGACAGGGAGCUGCAGGAGGGAGACAAAUACCAGCUGGUGCGAGAAGGCAAGAGGAGAACGCUGGUGAUCAAGGAGUGCGAGCCCAAGGACGAGGGCGGCUACGUGGUGGUGAUCGGAGCCACCAGAGCUAGCGCCGACCUGACGGACACUGAGAGCAAAGAGGGCCAGGAGGUGGUCCUGAACUGCGAGGUGAACAUAGAAGGAGCCAAAGCCAAGUGGCUGAAGAACGAGGACACGCUGUUCGAGAGCAGCAAGUACACCAUGGUGCAGAGAGACAACGUCUUCUCCCUGAGGAUCAAAGACGCCCAGAAGGACGACGGCGCCAACUACAGCAUCAACCUGACCAAUCACAGAGGAGAGCAGGCCAAGAGCUCCUGCAGCCUCUCCAUCAAAGGUGGGUGCUUCACACCAGCCAGCACAGAGGAGAGUUUGAGGAUCGUGGUUCCUCUGGAGGACAUCGACACCCAGGAGAAAACGACCAUCAGCUUCUCCUGCAAGGUCAACAGACCCAACGCCACUCUCAAAUGGAUGAAGGGCGGCCAGGAGAUUGCCUUCAGCAAGCGCGUCGUCUACAGAGUGGACAAAGACAAGCACAUGCUGACCAUCAAAGACUGCACGCUGGCCGACGAGGGCGAGUACACCGCCGUGGCCGGGGAAAACAAGUCCGCCGCCGAGCUGAUCAUCAGCGAGGCCCCGACCGACUUCAACGUGCAGCUCAAGGACCAAACCAUCACCGAGUUCGAGGACGCAGAGUUCAGCUGCAUGCUGACCAAAGAGAAGGCCGAAGUCAAGUUAGCUCCUCAGUUCCCCACUCACUCACAGGCUGAAGGGCUUCUGUGCAUCUGGAUGCUAAAUGUGUCCCUCUGCCCUACAGAGACCCCGGUGGAGAUCGUCCGGCCGCCACAGGACGUGUUUGAGCCUCCGGGCUCUGACAUCGUGUUCGAGGUGGAGCUCAACAAGGACCGGGUGGAGGUGAAGUGGCUGAGGAACAACAUGACCAUCGUCCAGGGAGACAAGUACCAGAUGAUGAGCGAGGGCAAAGUGCACAGGCUGCAGGUCUGUGAGAUCAGGCCCAGAGACCAGGGGGAGUACAGGGUAAUCGUUAAAGACAAAGACGCCAAGGCCAAGCUGGAGCUGGCAGCGGCACCUCAGAUGAAGACAACCGACCAGACCUACGUCACCGACGCCGGGAAGCCCAUCGUCAUGGCGGUGCCCUACAGCGCCUACCCGAAGGCUGAGGCCGACUGGCUGUACAACAACCUGAGUCUGCCCAAAGACAACAUCCACACCUCUGCCGACCGCACCGAGUACCGGCUCAAGGACCCCAAGAAGUCUGACCAAGGCCGCUACCGGGUCACCAUCAAGAACAAGCACGGACAAGGAGAAGCCUUCAUCACCCUGGAUGUCAUCGAUGAGAGGCCCUUUUGUUCCCUCAGCUUCCUCAGAGCCCUGAGCUGUGUGCACUCAUUCAUCCACCUAAUCCAUGUGUCUGCAGAUGUCCCCGGACCGGUGAAGAACCUGCAGGUGGUGGACACGGCCAACGGCGAGGUCAGCUUGGCGUGGGAGGAGCCUGAGAGCGACGGCGGCAGCAAGGUGGUCGCCUACGUGGUGGAGAGGCGCGAUGUGAAGCGCAAGACCUGGACGCUGGCAACCGACCACGCCGAGAGUCCCGAGUACACGGUGACCGGGCUCCAGAAGGACUCCUUCUACCUGUUCAGAGUCUGCGCCCGCAACCGGGUGGGCAGCGGCCCCCUGGUGGAGACAGACAAAGCUGUGCAAGCCAAGAACAACCCCCCGCUGAACCUGACCUCGCAGGACCAGAACAAGAACUCGGUGCAGCUCAGCUGGGAGACGCCUCUGAAGAACGGAGGCAGCAUGAUCACCGGAUACAUCAUCGAGCGCUGCGAGGACGGCUCCGACAAGUGGCUGCGCUGCAACGCCCGCCUCUGCCCAGACCUCUUCUACAAGGUUCUGACACCGGUGGCUCUGAGCCGGGGGGUGGUGUCCGGUCUGAAAUACGGAACCAAGUACAACUACAAGGUGUUUGCUGAGAAUGCUGCGGGAGUCUCAGACCCGUCCAACAUCAUCGGACCUCUGCUGGCUGACGACAUGCACGUUGGCCCGAACUUUGACCUUAGUGCUUUCAAAGAUGGCCUCGAGGUGAUCGUCCCUCAGCCUCUCACCAUCAGAGUCCCCAUCACCGGGUACCCGACCCCCAAGGCAAAGUGGACCUUCGGAGAGAAGGAGUUGACCACUGCAGACGAGCGCAUCUCCCUGACCACCAAGUCCACCUUCACAGAACUUGUUGUCAGGCCGAGCGUCCGCCCCGACAAAGGCACCUACACCCUGCAUCUGGAGAAUGACGUCACAUCUGUGUCCGGAGACAUCGAAGUCAACUGCCAGGUCACAGGUCUGAUCGAGGGCCAGUGGUACUCCUACCGAGUCCGAGCACUGAACCGCCUCGGAGCCAGCCAGCCCUGCAAGGCCACAGAUGAGAUCCAGGCUGCUCCAGAGAUCCAGUUGGACGCCAAGCUGCUGGCGGGUUUGACCGCCAACGCCGGCAGCAAGAUCGAACUUCCCGCCGAGGUGACCGGGAAACCGGAGCCCCGCGUGAAGUGGACCAAGGCCGACCUGGUCCUCAAGCCAGACGACAGGGUGUCCAUCGACACCAAACCAGGACACUCCACCAUCACCAUCGCCAAGACCAAGAGAGACGACAGCUGCACCUACAUCAUUGAGGCGACCAACAGCAGCGGCCGGGCCACCGCCACCGUGGAGGUCAACAUCCUCGGUAACCCCACGCUGGAGUUCCAGACUCUGGACCUGGUCGUGGUGGAGACGGAGAAGCUCCACAUCCCGGUUCCCUUCAGGGCCGAGUACAUCUCCUGUCACCUGGAGAUCGACAGCAGCCUGCACCCUGAUGCAGGAGUCUACAAAGUCACCCUGGAGAACAAAAUGGGAGCCGCCAGUGCUACCAUCAAUGUCAAAGUCAUCGAUGCUCCCGACCCCCCGGUGGACGUGGAGACCCACAACCCCACCUCCAGCACCAUCACCCUGACCUGGAAGCCGCCCAUGUACGACGGCGGCGCCAAGAUCAUGGGUUACGUCCUGGAGAAGCAGCAGAAGGGCGAGGACCAAUGGGAGCGGUGCAACGACUUCCUGGUGCCCGUCCUGUCCUACACCGUCCGGCGCCUGACCGAGGGCAAGAACUACACCUUCAGGAAGCCCCAGAUCGAUGACGUCACGGCCAACAGCAUGCUGGUUAUCUGGAACGAGCCCAACGACAACGGCAGCCCCAUCCUGGGAUACUGGAACGGCGUCAUCAUCAGAGCUGGAGAACACCUCCGCGUCCCUGCCACCGUCACAGGGAAGCCCUACCCGUCCAUCACCUGGACCAAGGACGACAGCAAACCCGACAAGGACCGCGUGGAGAUCCUCAGCGAGGGCAACGACAGCGUCGUGUCCAUCAAGAACGUCCAGAGGAAGGACUGCGGCAAAUACCCCGUCGUUGUGACGCGCAAAAUGAUUUUCCUGAACUGGGACGACCCGGAGGACGACGGAGGCAGUGACCUGACCGGCUUCAUCGUCGAGCGGAGGGACGCCAAGAUGCACACGUGGAGGCAGCCCAUCGAAACCGCUUCCUCCAAGUGUGAGUGCGUGGGCAUCAUGGAGGGACAGGAGUACUUCUUCAGAAUGUGGAACCUGGACACCAACAAGACCUACCUGUUCCAGGUCAGAGCCGAGAACCGCUACGGCAAAUCUGACCCCUGCACAACCGAGGACGUCAAGAUCACAGACCCCUUCAGCCUGCCCGGCCCCCCGGAGAAACCGGCCAUCUCAGAGUACUCAAAGACCUCCAUGACCCUGACCUGGGAGCCCCCCAGGGACACCGGAGGCUCCAUGAUCAUCGGCUACUGGCUGGAGAAGAGGGAGAGGGGUAGCGACUACUGGGCCAAAGUCAACAAGACCCCGGUCACCAAGAGGGGCGUGAAGGGCUGGGAGUACCAGGUGAGCUGGGGGACGGGUUCGGCCUCCAGAGGCCUCCGGUUCUCAGGCUUUGAAGGAAAGGCCAGAUCCCUCGGAGGAGAAGUAUCUAACCCACAUAUGUCAAACCUGCGGGAGCUGAAGCGCUACCACUUCAGGGUCAUCGCCGUCAACGACAUCGGCGAGUCGGACCCCAGCCCGCGCACCAGCGAGGUCCUGGUGGAGGACGUCCAGCAACCCCCCGAGGCUCCGGAGAAGCCCCAGAUCGAUGACGUCACGGCCAACAGCAUGCUGGUUAUCUGGAACGAGCCCAACGACAACGGCAGCCCCAUCCUGGGAUACUGGAUGCCCUGGUGCUGCCGCCGGCAGUUCUUGAUGACCAUGGAGUUGGAGAUGCCCGUGGUCUCCACCACGGCCUCUUUGGGCACCUCGGCGUCGUCCCGGCACCAGGAAGGCGGUCUGUACCGCUUCAGAGUCCGGGCUGUGAACGCCGCCGGGGUGGGAGACCCGGGGCUCGUCUCCGAGCUGAUCGAGCUCACAGACAGAACAAGUAAGAUUCCCGUUACACAGACGCUGCUGAAGCGAGCAGGCCGAUCUUACAGUGGGGGACAUUUAUUGGGUCACAGUCCUUUGACAGAUAUGUGUCUAUAUGAGAAGAUCGUGGUCCACGCCGGUGCGACCAUCCGCAUCAUCGCCUACGUGUCGGGGAAACCGGCCCCGCAGAUCACCUGGUGCCGGGACGACGCCGAGGUGCCCAAGGAGGCCGUGGUGGAGACCACGGGCAUCUCCAACUCCAUGGUGGAGUCCACGGACACCACCUCGGUGGUGACCGUCCCCGUGAGCCUGCGGACCCACUCCGGCCGCUACACCAUCACCGCCAAGAACAAGUCCGGGCAGAAGCACCUGAACGUGCGCGUCAUCGUGCUCGAACAAAUUCCCAAGCUGGGAAACAGGAACAUUACAGAGUCAGUGAUCCAUACCCACCCGCCCCGCCCCAUCCUUAGAGCAUCUCACAGCAUCUAUAAAUCUGUGACUCCCUCUGCAGUUCUUUCCCACAUAUGUAAUGUUGACAGUCUCGCCCCAUGGAUUCUUGCAGUAGACAGUUCCAUCAUCAUUAUAACAUCAUUAACAUCAUUUUCUGCCUGUGGAUGUCUAAACUCUGUCUUGCUUCCUCUCGCAGACGUUCCCGGACCUCCGAAGGACCUGAGGGUCACCGACGUGACUCGCUCCACCAUGAGGCUGAUCUGGAAGCUGCCCGAAACCGACGGAGGGGAGAGAAUCAAGAGCUACUUCAUCGAGAAGAAGGCCGUCACCGACAAAGCCUGGACCAAGGUGAAUGCUGCCUGUGCCAGCCAGGCCUACGUGGUUCCCGGGCUGCUGGAGGGCCAGGACUACCUGUUCCGGGUCCGAGCCGAGAACCGGCUGGGCUUCGGCCCGUUCACCGUCACAACCGACCCGGUCCGGGCCCGAGACCCCAUCUGUAAGCAGCCACCAGCCAAUUCAGAUUUUUUUUUCAUUUUUGUUUGUGCUGUUCUGUUUGUUUGGUUCUGCUUUUGUUUUGUUAUUUCCUGGCUUUGUUCAUUUUUGUUUGUGCUGUUCUCUUUGUUUGGUUCUGCUUUUGUUUUGUUAUUUCCUGGGUCUUUUUUUUGUUUUUGCUCCGUUCUUAAUGCAGAACAUGCCUCUCUUGACCCGGACCCGCCGGACCCCCCCACCAAGCUGAAGGUGAACCUGGUGACGAAGAACACGGUCACUCUGAGCUGGGAGGCGCCCAAAAACCACGGCGGCUCCCCGGUGAAGCACUACAUCAUCGAACGCCUGAGCUGGGACACCAGCGGCAAAGAGAAGGAGACCUGGAAGCAGUGCAACAAGAGAGACGUGGAGGAGCUCAGCUUCGUGGUGGAGGACCUGAAGGAG